AUGAACCUCUUGAGCAGGCUCGAGAAUGAUGAGGGAUUACGUCUAGCAUGGCAAUUGGAUAAUAUAGGAAUUAGUGGCCUUGCUUCGAAGUUAGCCAAAAGCCGAAUUACCAAUUAUUCAGUUCAUGAAUUGUGCAAUCAAAUCUCGAAAAAUAGCCAGACUUUUCUACUUCGUGACUUGUCGAAAUUGAUGCAUGGCUUAUCUAUCAUGUACUCACAGCAGGUAUCUUGUAUCAUGAGAGAUGUUUCCAAUAUUCAGUUUCAGUUGAAUCUGGCUAGGUUCUUAAACAUUCUUCCUCUGACCAAGGUCACUAAUAAUGGAGAAGCUAGGAGGUCUAAGAAGAUUACGUUUCUAUCUGAUGAUCAAAGUUUUGACAUCCAGAUGGAUCUCACUUUGUCUUUGACUGCUGUAACUUUCAAUUCUUUACCAUUUGAAGUUAAGCAAAAAGAACAAGAUACAAGCACACGAUUUAUAUCCUCACCGCAAGCCCAGCAGUACCAUCACAUAUCUAAUAAGAGCCUUGACAUCGAUGACGACUUUGCACUUGACUUGGGUCAUCAGCUUGAAAAUAAUAUCGAGGAGGAUGUGAACAUGGAUACCUUGCUCCCAGAUAUCAUCUAUCCCCAAGGGCAAGAACCACAGGUUGAGUCCACAAUAUCCGGCUUGUUCAAAAGCACACUUCGAGACUCUUCGUCGUCAUCAACCAUCAAAAAAGAUCCGAAGAAACGCAGGCUUAUUAUUGAUGAGGAAUGUGUUCUCAAUCACACAACGAAGAGAUGUAAAAGCGAAAGCUUGAAACCGGUAACCACAGAGAUCCUCAACAUAGAGUUUUUCCGUCAUCCAUACACUUUGAACCAUCUCACUUCUUACUGCUAUCGAUGCAUUUCCAAAAAUGUCGAGGUCGCCAACUACUUUGAUCGUUCAGAUUACAGGGAAUUACAAAGCACCCUUAUGAAGAGCAUAGAAGAUGCUUCUGUCGAACAUGAGGUGGGUAGGAACCUCAUCCCCUCACAGGCUAGUAUCAGCGAAUACUAUGGUGAUGCCGCUAUGCUCUUCGAUGAUCAGGAUGAAAAUUUGCAGCCAAAUUACAUGCAAGAAGAUUACGAUAUCUCGCUUCCUGAGCUUGGGUUACGUGCAGAAAGUCAAGAAGCAAAGGAGACGAAUACUUUCCCAAUAGCUGAUUUUGCCUUGGAACCAAUAGUAGAUUCUGAGGGUAAAAAUUUGGCUGUUAUUCCUGCUGAGAUACACGGCCAACUACGUGAAUUUUACCAAUUCUUGAUAUUGAGAGGAAUGAAGUACGGUGCUGUUUCAAGGUACGACAAAGCGGAACAAAGGGGGGAAAAUAUUUCUCCAAAACUCAAAUGCGUCGUCAUGUUGCAUCAGCUUUUACCUCGCAGUAUAGAUCAAUCUUUGACCAUUGAGGCAGAAAGUCCACCAACGAGAUCCAUCGUUGCAGCAUCUUUUUCCAGCAUACUUGAACUUGCUUCUAAAAGCAUAAUCACCCUCAAAGAGCUUGACAACGCUCUACAGCUUACAGUUUCAGUGGAAACAAAAAUGCAAUCGAGCUAA